GGGCGGGACCUCGAGGGGCCCCGCGGGGGCGGGCCGGGGCCGGGGCCGGGGCCGGCGCAGGUGCGGUUUUAAAGCUGGCGAGCGUCUCUUUGGGGGAAAGCGAGCAUUAAUACCCGCGAGACACGUGCGGCGCGGGAGAGGCAAUCCGGCGGAGGAGAGCUGGGCACGUCAGCACCAGGGCGGCAGCGGUGCUUAACGCCGGCUUCGCCCCUCGCGGGCGCGAGCGCGGCCCGGCGCCAUGGCCGACACCAUCUUCGGCAGCGGGACCGGGCCGUGGGUCUGCCCCAACGACCGGCAGCUCGCCCUGCGCGCCAAGCUCCAGACGGGCUGGUCCGUGCACACGUUCCAGACGGAGAAGCAGAGGAAGAUGCAGGCUCUGAGCCCGCAGGAGCUUGAGGUCAUCCUGGAAGUCAUCCGCAAGGCGGAGAAGUUGGACCUCGUCGAGCAGCAGCGCGUCGGGCGCCUCGUGGAGCGGCUGGAGAACAUGAGGAAGAACGCGCUGGGCAACGGGCUCUCCCAGUGCCUGCUCUGCAGCGAGCUGCUGGGGCUGCUGGGGAGCACCGCCGUCUUCUGCCAGCACUGCAGGAAGAAAGUUUGCACCAAAUGUGGAAUAGAAACUGUUGGAAGCCAGAAGCGUCCUCUGUGGUUGUGCAAGAUCUGCAGCGAGCAGAGGGAGGUCUGGAAGAGGUCCGGCGCCUGGUUCUACAAGGGGCUGCCCCGCUACAUCGCGCCCUCCAAGAGCGCCGGCGAGCGGCACCCGCGGCUCCCGCCCGGCGAGGCGGCCGCGACGGAGGCGGAGGGCGUCAGCACCCGCCGGCCCUUCGCCUGGGCCGGGGGCAAAGCGGUUUCCAGCGACAGCGAGAGCGAGUCGGAGCUCAGCGCCGGCAGCCGGGACGAGCAGCCCCCGGGCGGCACCGGAGCCUCGCGGGACGCGGCCCCGCGGGCGGGCGCGGGCACGCGGCAGCGUACCCGCUCCGCGCCCCGGCCUGGCUCGAGGUGGCGGAGAGCCCACCCCCUGCCUCUUAGCCAUCGCUCCGCCGCGCCGGCUGCCUCACUGCUCGCCGGCAGCAGCGGGGCCGGGCGGCAGCAGCAUGCGGGGGGCGGCGGUGGCGGUGGGCGCCCGCCCCACCUGAGCGCCCGCGGGGCCCCACCUGAGCGCCGGGGGGGCUCGGCGCCCGCAGCCGCAUGCAUGACCCUCCGCAGAGGGGAGAAGCCGCCCAUCAGCAUCCAGGAGCACAUGGCCAUCGACGUCUGCCCCGGGCCCAUCAAGCCCAUCAAGCAGAUCUCCGACUACUUCCCCCGCUUCCCCCGCGGGCUCCCCGCCGCCGUGGGCCGCAGCGGCGCCCCGCGCCCCCCCGCCGGCCCCCCCGCCGCCGAGCCGCCCCGCCGCCCCGCCGACGACGCCGACGACGUGGACCGGCUCUUCGGCGCCCAUGGCGCGACGCCCGCCCCGCCGCCCGCCCGGUGCCCCGCCGCCCCGGAGGAGGCCGCCGACCCCGAGGGCUACGAGUCCGACGACUGCACGGCGCUGGGGACGCUGGACUUCAGCCUCCUCUACGACCAGGAGAACAACGCGCUGCACUGCACCAUCAGCAAGGCCAAGGGCCUGAAGCCGAUGGACCACAACGGGCUGGCCGACCCCUACGUCAAGCUGCAUCUGCUGCCCGGAGCCAGCAAGGCGAACAAGCUGCGGACCAAGACGCUGCGCAACACGCUGAACCCCACCUGGAACGAGACGCUCACCUACUACGGCAUCACCGACGAGGACAUGGUCCGCAAGACGCUGCGGAUCUCGGUGUGCGACGAGGACAAGUUCCGGCACAACGAGUUCAUCGGCGAGACCAGGAUCCCCCUCAAGAAGCUGAAGCCCAACCAGACCAAGAGCUUCAGCAUCUGCCUGGAGAAGCAGCUGCCGGUGAGCGCCGGGGCCAGGACUGGGGCCAGGGCCGUCCCCCCGCCCCGGGCCACCCGGCACUGGGCACCUUUCCCUCCCCAGAUGGACAAGACGGAGGACAAGUCGCUGGAGGAGCGGGGCCGCAUCCUCAUCUCGCUCAAGUACAGCUCCCAGAAGCAGGCGCUGCUGGUGGGCAUCGUCCGCUGCGCCCACCUGGCCGCCAUGGACGCCAACGGCUACUCCGACCCCUACGUCAAGACCUACCUGAAGCCGGACGAGGACAAGAAAUCCAAGCAUAAGACGGCGGUGAAGAAGAAGACGCUAAAUCCCGAAUUCAACGAGGAGUUUUGCUACGAGAUCAAGCACGGCGACCUGGCCAAGAAGACCUUAGAAGUCACCGUGUGGGAUUACGACAUCGGGAAAUCGAACGAUUUCAUAGGCGGCGUCGUGCUGGGCAUCAACGCCAAGGGCGAGCGCCUCAAGCACUGGUUCGACUGCCUCAAGAACAAGGACAAGAAAAUCGAGCGCUGGCACACGCUGACCAACGAGCUGCCGGGCGCCGUGCUCAGCGACUGAGGGGCUUCCGCGGCCUCUCCGCGCCCGUUUGCACACACGCACACACGCACACACACACCCCCGGAGCAUGCACACCCAUGCACGCGCGUGUGCCCCGCCGCGCAC